UAAAGACAAGUCCUUGUUAAAGUCUGAAAAACUAUUUUUGCUGAUCUGACCUCUAGGACUGAAUGGUCCUUAUUCUGGCUUGAAACUGUUGGCGACUCUAACCCUUCCCAGCAGGGUGUAGUAGUUCUAACUUUCCUGAAACCACAGUGCCAGACUACCCUUGGUGACUUCCAGGCCACCGCCCAUUGCGGGAAUCCUCCAGAUUUGGCUUUUUUUUUUUUUUUUUCUUAAGGGGCCGUGCUCAGUUGCUUCCAGGCCUUUGGGAAAAAUCUCUGUAGGAAGCAACGCCCAGACAUACUGGCCCCGCCCUUCCGCGCCUCCUGGCCACAGCGAAACCCGGGCUCCCGGAUCACAUGGCCCGGAGCUGCUCUGAGCAUGCUCGGUGGCCUUGCAGGUGGGGCCACCGCUGGAAGCGGAGUCUGGCCGGGAUCAGAGGGGCGGGGGCGGGGAAGUGGGCGGGGGCAACCAGUCUAGUAUUCAGAGGCGCGGACUGCCACGGGGCUGUGGGCAGGUGGGGAUCUGAGCUGCCGGGGUCGGGAUGAGCAAUGGCAUCAGUCAAGGUGGCCGUGAGAGUCCGGCCCAUGAACCGCAGGGAAAAGGACUUGGAAGCCAAAUUCAUCAUUCAAAUGGAGAAAAGCAAAACAACAAUCACAAACUUAAAGAUACCAGAAGGAGGGACUGGGGACUCAGGAAGAGAACGGACCAAGACCUUUACUUAUGAUUUUUCUUUUUAUUCUGCUGAUACAAAAAGUCCAGAUUAUGUUUCACAAGAAAUGGUUUUCAAAUCUCUUGGCACCGAUGUUGUGAAGUCUGCAUUUGAAGGUUAUAAUGCUUGUGUCUUUGCAUAUGGGCAAACUGGAUCAGGAAAGUCAUACACUAUGAUGGGAAAUUCUGGUGAUUCUGGCUUAAUACCUCGGAUCUGUGAAGGGCUCUUCAGUCAAAUAAAUGAAACUACCAGAUGGGAUGAAGCAUCCUUUCGAACUGAAGUCAGCUACUUAGAAAUUUAUAAUGAGCGUGUGAGAGAUCUACUAAGACGAAAGUCAUCUAAAACCUUCAAUUUAAGAGUUCGUGAGCAUCCAAAAGAAGGCCCUUAUGUGGAAGAUUUAUCCAAACAUUUAGUACAGAAUUAUGGUGACGUAGAAGAACUAAUGGAUGCAGGGAAUAUUAAUCGUACCACAGCAGCAACUGGGAUGAAUGAUGUCAGUAGUAGAUCUCAUGCCAUUUUCACCAUUAAGUUCACUCAGGCAAAAUUCGAUUCUGAAAUGCCAUGUGAAACUGUGAGUAAGAUCCACUUAGUUGAUCUUGCUGGAAGUGAACGUGCAGAUGCCACUGGUGCCACUGGGGUUAGACUAAAGGAAGGGGGAAAUAUUAACAAAUCCCUCGUGACUCUGGGGAAUGUCAUUUCUGCCUUAGCCGAUUUAUCUCAGGAUGCAGCAAAUCCUCUCGUAAAGAAGAAACAAGUUUUUGUGCCUUACAGAGAUUCUGUUUUGACCUGGUUGUUAAAAGAUAGCCUUGGAGGAAAUUCAAAAACUAUCAUGAUUGCCACCAUUUCACCUGCUGAUGUCAAUUAUGGAGAAACUUUAAGUACUCUUCGCUAUGCAAAUAGAGCCAAAAACAUUAUCAACAAGCCUACCAUUAAUGAGGAUGCCAACGUCAAACUCAUCCGUGAGCUGCGAGCUGAAAUAGCCAGGCUGAAAACACUGCUUGCUCAAGGGAAUCAGAUUGCCCUCUUAGACUCCCCUACAGCCUUGAGUAUGGAAGAAAAACUUCAGCAGAAUGAAGCCAGAGUUCAAGAGUUGACCAAGGAAUGGACAAAUAAGUGGAAUGAAACCCAAAAUAUUUUGAAGGAACAGACUCUAGCCCUUAGGAAAGAAGGGAUUGGGGUUGUUCUGGAUUCUGAACUGCCCCAUUUGAUUGGCAUUGAUGAUGACCUUCUGAGUACUGGAAUCAUCCUAUAUCACUUGAAGGAAGGUCAAACAUAUGUGGGUAGAGAAGAUGCUUCCACAGAACAAGAUAUUGUUCUUCAUGGCCUUGACUUGGAGAGUGAGCACUGUAUCUUUGAAAAUGUCGGAGGAACUGUAACGUUGAUACCCCUUAGUAGGUCUCAGUGCUCUGUGAAUGGUAUUCAGAUCAUGGAGGCAACACACCUUAAUCAAGGUGCAGUGAUACUGUUGGGAAGAACCAAUAUGUUUCGCUUUAACCACCCAAAGGAGGCAGCCAAGCUCAGAGAGAAGAGGAAGAGUGGCCUUCUGUCCUCCUUCAGUUUGUCCAUGACCGACCUUUCCAAGUCCUGUGAGAACCUCUCUGCCGUCAUGCUCUAUAAUCCUGGACUUGAAUUUGAGCGACAACAGCGAGAAGAACUUGAAAAAUUAGAAAGUAAAAGGAAACUCAUAGAAGAAAUGGAGGAAAAACAAAAAUCGGAUAAGGCUGAAUUGGAGCGGAUGCAGCAGGAAGUGGAGACUCAGCGCAAAGAAACAGAAAUCGUCCAGCGCCAGAUCCGCAAGCAAGAGGAGAGUCUCAAGCGCCGUAGUUUCCACAUUGAGAGCCGACUGAAAGAUCUGCUGGCUGAGAAGGAAAAGUUUGAAGAGGAAAGACUGAGGGAGCAGCAGGAAAUCGAAUUGCAGAAGAAGAAACAAGAAGAAGAGAGCUUUCUCCGAAUCCAAGAAGAGCUCCAGCGACUCCAAGAGCUCAACAACAAUGAAAAGGCCGAGAAGAUUCAGAUAUUUAGAGAACUGGAUCGGCUCAAAAGGGAGAAGGAUGAACAGUAUGCUAAGUUAGAAUUGGAAAAAAAGAGACUGGAAGAGCAAGAAAAGGAGCAGGUUAUGCUUGUGGCCCACCUAGAAGAGCAACUGCGGGAGAAGCAGGAGAUGAUCCGGCUCCUCCGACGUGGAGAGGUCCAGCGUGUGGAGGAAGAGAGACGAGACUUGGAAGGCAUCCGGGAGUCCCUGCUGCGGGCCAAGGAGGCCCGGGCGGAGGGCGAUGACGAUGGUGAGGAGUUAGAACGCGCUCAGCUGCAUUUCUUAGAAUUCAAGAGAAGGCAGUUGGUCAAGCUGGCCAACUUGGAGAAGGACCUGGUGUCACAGAAGGACGUCUUGAAAAAAGAAGUUGAAGAAGAACAGGAGGUCCUAGAGCGUUUAAGGUCUGACCGCGAAGAUUGUGGGUUGCUGGAAAAAAAUGAAGACAGUGUCACAAAGGCCACCCUCAUGGCUCUUGAGUUGGAGAAAAUAAAACCAGCAGAGUACAGGUUACAGUAUAAAGAGAGGCAGCUCCAGUACCUCCUACAGAAUCAUUUGCCAACUCUGUUAGAAGAAAAGCAAAGGGCCUUUGAAAUCCUUGACAGAGGGCCUCUCGACUUAGACAACACCCUCUAUGAGGUAGAGAAAGAAAUAGAAGAGAAAGAAGAGCAGCUUGCACAGUACCAUGCCAACGCAAGCCAGCUGCAAAAACUCCAAGCCACCUUUGAAUUCACUGCCAACAUUGCACGUCAGGAAGAAAAAGUGAGGAAAAAGGAAAAAGAGAUUCUGGAGUCUCGAGAGAAGCAACAGAGAGAGGCACUGGAGCGUGCAGUGGCCAAGCUAGAGAGGAGACACUCAGCCUUGCAGCGGCGAUCCACCCUGGGCCUGGAGAUGGAGGAGCAGAGGCAAAAACUGGCCACCCUCAAUAGCAGCUGCAGUGAGCAGUCAGGCCUGAGAGCCAGUCUAGAAGCUGAGCAGGAAGCGCUGCAGAAGGACCGCAAGAGGUUAGAACAUGAAAUCCAGCAGUUAAAGCAGAAGAUCUGUGAUGUUGAUGGUGUUCAAAAAGGGCAUCGUGGCAUCUUGGAGGGAAAGGCUACCUCUUCUAGUUUGCCAUCCAGUUCUGAAAAUACUCACCAGAUUCCUCUGAUAGAUGACAGGAUCAAUGCUUACAUUGAAGAAGAAGUCCAAAGACGUCUUCAGGAUUUGCAUCAUAUAAUUGGUGAUGGCAGUAAUUUAUCUGCAGAUUUAGCAAAGGAUAAUGAGAAACUUCACAAUGGCACCAUUCAACGCAAGCUAAAAUAUGAGACAAGUUAUCUAGCCUCGUUUCUGCCCGAUGAUGUCACUGAUGCUUCCAGCUUUACUGAAUUAGAGAGGAUGGAGGUCAAUCAUAAUGCCUACUGGAAUUAUCCUAUGACCUGGGACCUCUCAGAUGCUACAGUGACAUCCUCAGCAUCCCAGGAGAGAACCCUCCAGCAAAGGGACCAUCCCUCGGUACAGGAAGUGCUGCAGAAGCACAGUCUCACAGAUAGUUGUUCUGAAUAUAUGGACACUUUUCAAACAAAACACUUUAAUCUACCUCAAGUCUAUCUUAGUGAAAGCAGCAACAGCAUUGAUAAGCAUGUUCUGAGUAAAUCAGAAAAUCUCUUGGAGUUGGUGACUCACAAAGAUGAACAUAGCCCGGGAAUUGAAUCCAGAUGGACUUUGCUUCAACAUACAUCCAGAGAAAAAUCUGUAAAUAUUGGAAGCAAGAAGAUCAGGCAAAGCCAGCUAUUCCACAUUGUUGUCUCAGAAAGUCUUACUUGUGAGAAGAGCCCAUCUGACAGCAUUCCUCAAACUGCUUCAGUCUCAUUGAUUUCUAGUGAGCCACAAGCCAAAAUAGAGUUAGCUGCUAAAGAAUGUCCUCUAGAGUCACUGACAAAUAUCAGAACAGAAGAAAACAAUAGGCUGGGAUAUUUUUACCACAGAUUUUCAGGCCUUUAUAAAAAUACCAGCAGCCACCUGCUAGAGGCUAGCUCGAAGGUAAUCGGCCAUGCCAGGCAUAUGAGGAGGCUGUGUGACCCAAGCAGGUUCACCUCCCCAGUUGCAACAUUGGUGAGAAGUCUGCCGUUACUAAAGCUCUUAGCCCAAGAUACACCCAUGAUGUCAUACUGGUCAUCAUCAGAAUCUCACUCUUCUCUUCCGGUUCAGCUUAGCAGCAGCAGUAGCAAAAAGGCUGGGCACAUCAUGCCAUACAGAUCACUGGAACUGACUUCUGACUCCACAUCUAUAAUGUUACCAGCUUCCCUGCCAAGUUCAGUUUUCCACCUGGAACAUAAAGAUGCUGGGAAAAGAUCUGCACUUAAGCAGACCCUGGUGCCAUUCCCAGACCAGAUGCUGAAGCUGCAAGAGUAUCCUUUAGAAACCUUUUUUGAGCAUGUGACUUGUUCUCUCCCAGAACUUUUGGGAACCUCAGCUGAUGUCAGAGGCAUAUACUGGCUUGCUGUUGCUAACUGUACAGCACCUGACCCUCAACCAGCUUGCUUGCUUCUGCUUCAUUCAACUUUAUAUGCUUUGGUUCUGUCAGAUAACCACCCUGGCUCAAUGGACAUUUUUCAUGCCAUACCUCUCUCUGCACUACAAAAGAUUCAAAUUGGCUUUGGUGGACAGAGUUUACAGUUCCUGAGCUCUGCUGAGAGUAGCCUGCUCAUUGUAUUUAGCUACAACAAAGACCUCUGUCAACAGAUAUGCAGAGAUCUCCUGAGUGUUCUGAUACCCGAGUCAGAGGCUGCUGCCUAUAAAAAUCAUCCUUUGCUUCAAGAAGAUCUGGUUCAGCUUUCCCUUGAUUGGAAAACAGAAACCCCUGAUUUAAUUUUGGCAAAUGGAGUUCAGUUGUCAUCCAAGUUCCACAAUACCUUGGUUGACCUGAUCUACGUUCUUCAUGGAAAUAUGGAAGUCAAUGCCCCCUCCCUGGCAGAGGUUCAGUUGUUGCUUUACACCACAGUCCGAGUCAAGAUUGGCUCCAUCCAACACCCCUGCCUGUCGCUGGUACUUCUGAACACGCACAUCGCGCUUGUGAGAGAGAACCAGAUUUUCUACCCUCACUUUGGGUCUCUAGACACGCCUUUUACACGAGUAAAAUUUGAUGUGAUCAGAUGUUGUGCUCUGACAGAAUUCAGGUGCACUGUUGUUCCAGAGAAGAAAAAAGUGCCAGAAGUCAAACUUAUCUUCUUGCAAAAUCUCCAGCUUCCAUCAGAUUCAGAAAACAGCAGGGCUGAGGCAUCUCAAGGGGUCCAGAAUGUCCAGUUAUCCACUAGCACACCAUGUCUUCAGGGCAGUCAGAAUGUGACAUCUGAGGCCUGGAAACUUACCCUCAACUCUCAGGAUGAGGCCUUGUGGUUGGUCUCACAUUUGACUAUGCUCUAGGGAAGAGAUGUGUAAAAAUGUGUUCUGCAUAUUUUUUUGAGAUCUUUAAUAAAAUAAACAUGAUGAUAAGAGUCAAGAUCCAUGAAAACCUCACUGUAACUAACUGAUUUGAAACUGGGAAAGGCGCCUCAAAAUCUGAAAUGUGUAAAUAUUUCAAAUAUCUACAAUAAAAUAUGAAACAGCUGAUUGUGGAACACUGAUGGAAUGUUUUUAUUUCUGCCUUGUUUCAGUUUCCUGAGACUUGGUCAUGUAAACUUGGGCCUGCCUCAUUAUUUGUGAGGUGAUUAAAGCAUUUGUG